AUGAAUCCCGGGCCAGUUUGCCGGUCAAACAAAAGCCCAUGGGUUUGCCUGUCAUGUUUGAAUGUGCAUUGUGGAAGGUAUGUAAACGGCCAUGCCAAAAUUCAUUUUGAGGAGAUUCAGGCACCAGGAUGCUGUCAAAGGAAGCCGGAGCGAGACAAGUCAAGCGAGAAGAGUCAGCAGCACUCUGUGUGUAUGGACUGUAACAUCAUCCCUGUGUCAUGUUACAGAUGUGACGAAUUUGUAGUGAAUGACACAAAACUAGGGCAUGUGCAGAGGGUCAGAGAACAUCUGCAGAGUUUGGAAAACUCUUUGUCUAAUACAGACAGACAGAGGAAGAGAAAACGGUCAGACAGUUCUUCUCCUGACAGCAAGCAGAAGAAAGACGGCGACUGCACUGUAGCACAAUGUGCCACGGGCCUCCGCAACUUGGGCAACACCUGCUUCAUGAAUGCCAUUCUCCAGUCCCUGAGUAACAUCCAGGUGUUCAGCUGUUAUUUUAAGGAGCUGCCCUCGGUGGCCUUACGAAGCGGGAAAACCGCAGGAAGGAGAAUGUACCACACCAGAAGUCAGGGGGACAGCAGUGUUUCUCUGGUCGAGGAGUUCAGGAAAACAGUCUGUUCACUUUGGCAGGGGAGUCAGACUGCCUUCAGCACAGACGCUCUCUUUUAUGUCAUCUGGAAAAUCAUGCCGAGUUUCAGGGGUUACCAACAACAGGAUGCUCACGAGUUCCUGCGUUACCUUCUUGACCAUCUCCUUUCCAAAACAAAUGGGACCUCCACUAUCGUUACAUCUGUGUUUGGUGGCGUCCUGCAGAACGAGGUUUACUGCUUGAUAUGUGGCACGGAGUCUCGAAAAUUUUAUCCGUUCCUAGAUCUCUCAUUGGACAUUCCCAGCCAAUUCAGAAUCAAGUUCACAAAAGACCAAGAGCCGGGGCCAACUUGCACUUUAAAUGAUUGCCUUCGGAGUUUUACAGACCUCGAGGAACUCGAUGAAACGGAGCUCUACAUGUGUCACAGGUGCAAAAAGCGACAAAAGUCAACCAAGAAAUUCUGGAUCCAGCAACUGCCCAAGGUGCUCUGUUUGCAUCUGAAGAGGUUCCACUGGACAGCGUUUCUGAGGAAGAAGAUCGACACCUAUAUAGAGUUUCCCAUGCGUGGCCUUGACAUGAAAAGCUUCUUGCUUGAGCCUGAAAACAGCUUGCCAGACAGAUGCCUGUAUGAUCUUGCUGCAGUAGUGGUUCAUCAUGGAUCUAGCAUCGGAUCGGGACAUUACACAGCAUACGGGCUUCACGAGGGCCGAUUGUGCCACUUCAACGACAGCAGGGUCACUCUGGUCAGUGAGGAGGCUGUGCUGAAAGCCAAGGCCUACAUUCUGUUCUACACAGAGCACAGCGAUCAAGAGAGUCCAGCCAAGCUUUAAGACAUCCUCCGGAUCAGUUGUUGGACUUUCAUAUGUGUGCCGUCUUCUGUCUCCCGUCUUAUGCUAUCCAGUUAUGAUUUGUGUGUCACAAAACCUCAGUACAAACCGAAUAGCUGCUUGAUGACUUUUGGUUUCAUAGACUGUCCCAGUUUUUCGCCUGCCAAGUGAACUCAAAUUAACUGUAGAAACAAAAUGCUUUUUUCUCUCAUUGAAAUUUUUCCAUGGUCUGAAAUGAUGACAGCUGUCACGUUUCUGUGUCAGACACCGACGUCUCCAACUCACGCCAAGAUCGCUCGCUGCUCCAGGAAAAAUCAUUUCUGUUCAGCUCAGAAAUUCAUUCCUGUCCUCUGAGCCAGCCGUUCAUUGAUCGAGGAUGAUGCAGAGGUAUAGCUGAUCUAAAACUUGAAUUCAAUUGAUUUUAUGUGACAAAACAAGAUGUAAUUUGUAUCACAAAGCAGUGGUUGACUCAGAUCACCUCACUAAUGUGAAAAUGACUUUUGGAAAGAAGGGUCCAUUAGCUCACAUGUUUCUUUUCCUUUACGCUUGAAAACGUUUGAACACUCUCUGUCCUUUUAGAAUUAAAGGAAUGCAGAUUGUGCAAAAGUUGAUUUGUGUGUUUAUUAUACUCUCAAAAUUAAAACAUAUAUAUAAUACUUUAUUGUAUUUACUGGUCCAUUUAUCAUCUUGUAUAGUUAUUAAUAUUUUGUUGUUUAACAUUGUUAUUUGUUUUUAUUUUUAAUAUGUUUAUAUAGUUUUUUGUUUUAUAUUUUAAAAUCGUUUUGCAUUUAAUGCAUUUUUAUUUUAUUUAUUUUUUUAUUUUAGUACAUCAAAUGAAAAGAAGAAAUGUCGCCUGAAUUCAAAGAAGUUGAAAGAUUUUGUCAGUUAAAUUUUAUGAACAAAAGUUUAGUUUUUCUUUUUCUUUUUAUCUUCCAUGGUUUUAGUUUUAGUUAAUAAUAACUGAUUCAUACUGAGAUAUCGGAGGACCAACCUUGGUUUGUUUAGGACCAGGUAAAGCUGAAAUCCAGUGAUUUGUUCUUCUUCACAAUUGUUCAUUCUUGCAACCUUUUACCUGGUAAACUUGAUUUUGUUUCCAAAAAUUGUGCAAAACGAGCCAAUCAGAUUAUGGCUUGCCAAAUAGAGGAAGUGCAUGCCAUUUGUGUGUGUUCAAAUAUGCAUCAGAUGGUCCGUGGGUGUGCCAUCUGAGCAGUAGCACGAGGAUCACUGCUAGCUGUGCCCCACUUCUGUAUCAGACAUUGCAAAUAGGGUAAAAAUGAUCUCUAUUCAGCCAGAAAAAAAAAAUGUCAGUUCACUGUCUUUCAUUGCCAAUGUCACGCCUUUUGUGUUAUCAAUUAUAUGAAAGUCUAAAUCGAAAUGAAGCACUAUAGAUAUUUUUUAAAUAAAUAUUUAAUUAUACGGUUUUAUGUAUAUACUGUACAUACUGUACUGCUUAAUAUUAAACACCUUGGAUUUUGGAUC